CCUCCCCCAGCCCCAAAUGAGCGGUGCCCCCGGUGGGCCCCGGCCGAGGACCCCGCCGAGCCGCGGAGCCGCGGCUACCCCGUCGCCCCGGCCGCCCCCCGCCGACCCGCUGCGCCAGGCCAGCCGGCUGCCCAUCCGCGUCCUGAAGAUGCUCAGCGCCCACGGCGGCCACCUCCUGCACCCCGAGUACCUGCAGCCGCUCUCCUCCACGCCCGUCAGCCCGAUCGAGCUGGACGCCAAGAAGAGCCCGCUGGCACUGCUGGCCCAGACCUGCUCGCAGAUUGGCAAGCCAGACCCGCCACCCUCCUCCAAGCUCAACGCUGUGGCCUCCGCCGGGCUGCCUGCCACCGACAAGGAGCCUGCUGCCCGCCCUGCCACUCUGAAGCCACCGGGCAGUGGGGACACGCCACCUGAGGACAAGUCCAGCUUCAAGCCCUACUCGAAGGGCAGCGGGGAGCCGCGCAAGGAGGGUGGCACGGACAAGGCUGGCUUUCGAGUGCCCAGCGCUGCUUGCCCGCCGUUCCCGCCGCACGCCGCCACCUCGCCCGGCGGCUCCCGUGGUGCCUCACCGCAGCACACCGACCCCAAGGGCACUGAGGAGAAGAAGGAGCCUGAGGCGGGCAAGCCCAGCCCCGAGGGGACAGGCGGGGGGCUGGGGCGUGGGGUGACAGAGGCUGGGGCACAUGGUGAGCCGCCCUCAGGCCGCAAGUCGGAGCCCCCUGCCUUGCCACCUGCCGGCCAUGUGGCCCCCGUCUCGCCCUACAAGCCAGGCCACUCCGUCUUCCCUCUGCCACCCUCCAGCAUUGGCUACCACGGCUCCAUCGUCGGUGCCUAUGCCGGCUACCCAUCUCAGUUUGUGCCCGGGUUGGACCCCACCAAGCCGGGCCUGGUGGGCAGCCAGCUGCCAGGGGCACUGGGGCUGCCAGGCAAGCCGCCCAGCUCCAGCCCGCUCACUGGGGCCUCGCCGCCCUCCUUCAUGCAGGGAUUAUGCCGGGACCCAUAUUGCCUAAGCUACCACAGCGCCUCGCACCUGGGCUCCAGCAACUGCUCCAGCUGCGUGCACGACCCUGGCAGCCUGAAGAGUGGAUACCCCCUGGUGUACCCCACGCACCCCCUGCACUCAGUGCACACCACGCUCUCCUCCAGCGGCACCCCCAGCCUGCCUGGCCACCCCCUCUACACCUACGGCUUCAUGCUGCAGAAUGACCCCCUGCCCCACAUAUGCAACUGGGUGUCUGCCAGCGGACCCUGCGACAAGAGGUUUGCCACCUCGGAGGAGCUGCUCACCCACCUACGGACCCACACGGCCCUGCCAGGGGCAGAAAAACUCUUGGCAGGUUACCCUACCUCCGGGCUGGGCUCCGCGGCCUCCUGCCACCUCCACCUCCCACCCGCCGCCCCAGGGAGCCCCAACACGUUACCGGCCUCCCUCUCCUUGAGGAGCCCACACACUUUGGGACUCAACAGGUACCACCCCUACGGCAAGAGCCAUUUGCCCACGGCAGGUGCCCUGCCGGUGCCCUCCUUGCCGGCCGCCGGACCUUACUACUCUCCAUACGCGCUCUACGGCCAAAGACUAACUUCAGCUUCUGCACUGGGAUAUCAGUAACUCCAGCAGCCCCCUGCUCCAGCCUCCUCCUCGCCCCCCAGCCCCCCUCCUUGGACUGUGUAUUUAUUUACUGUAUGUUAGCUUAAAGCUGGGAAUAUAAGUGCAUUACUACCCCAUGAAGCGACGGUAUGCAAACGAGUCUGUGUCCAAAAAAAAGAACAAAAAUAAGAAAAGACAAAAAAAAAAGACAAAAAAUAUAAUCUCCCCUCCCCCCUCACUCUGCAGGUGUGGGGCUUUGCUAUUUUUCCCCUCCCUCCUUUCUCUUCCUUUUGAAUUCUUUUUAUUUUCUUGAUUUUUUUUUCCCCCCCUGAGCCAUUCCUGCAUGACUCCUGUGCCACUCAAGGAAACUAAACAGAGGAAAAAAAGAGCAUUUUUCUUCCUCCUCCUCCUCCUCCUCCACCCUCUGGAAUUCUGUUCCUCUUCAGUUGUAAACUUAACAGAUGUCCUUUUUUAUCAUUAUUAUAUUUUUAUUGGGUUUUCCCCCCCUUUUUUUUGACGUGUUGGGGCCGGGGCUGGCUGUGGUGAUGCUCUGCCUACACCGACACUCCCCCACAUCCCAAUCCCACACCGUGGCCCUACCGCUCCCCCUCUCCCGCCCCCCCCCCCCCCCCACCGUGGGAUGCAGGACAGUGCUGUGUGACCCUCCCCAUUCAUACAAACACAGACCCUGGGGGGGGAGCCCCGAAGAGCGGCGGCUCCUGCGGGCAGCGCCGGUGGCACCGGAGGGCGCAGAGCCCCGGGAGGGCGGCGGAGCGUGGCGGGUGGAGGAGCUCGGCUCGGUAAGUCGGAUUUUGUUAAUAAAUGACUCUUGGUUAUAUUCA